GUGUGCAACGCGUCGCGCACGUAAACAACAAGGUUUCGGCAAUAAAAUAAAACGUUAAAAGUGAAAACAGACGAAAUCGAAAGAGAAAAAUUCAAAACUAUUUCGGCAUUCGAAUAUUUGUGGCAGGUGCUAACAGUAACGCGCUCAGGACUAUAAAGGAUUUUCUACCAUCUGUCAACGACCAAUUAGAAAUUUAAUCAAGCCAUGUCAAGCAAUUGGCCCGAAAAUGUUGGAAUACGCGCGAUUGAAGUGCUCUUCCCCUCGCAAUAUGUGGACCAAACGGAAUUGGAACAGUUCGAUGGCGCCUCCGCUGGCAAGUACACAAUCGGUCUGGGCCAGGCGAAGAUGGGCUUCUGUUCAGAUCGCGAGGAUGUCAACUCUCUGUGCUUAACGGUUGUCACGCGCCUGCUGGAACGCCAUCAUAUCAAGCACACGGACAUUGGAAGGCUGGAAGUGGGCACCGAAACAAUAGUCGAUAAAUCGAAAUCGGUGAAAUCUGUACUGAUGCAGCUAUUUGCCACUAGCGGCAACACCGAUAUCGAAGGUAUCGAUACCACAAAUGCUUGCUACGGCGGCACUGCAGCACUCUUUAAUGCCUUAAAUUGGAUCGAAUCGUCCAGCUGGGAUGGACGCUACGCGCUAGCCGUAUGCGCCGACAUUGCCGUUUAUGCCAAGGGUGCAGCCCGUCCCACAGGCGGCGCCGGCGCCAUUGCCAUGCUAGUGGGACCAAAUGCGCCACUGAUCAUCGAGCGUGGCCUCCGCGCCACCCACAUGGAGCAUGCCUACGACUUCUACAAGCCCGACCUGAGCUCCGAGUACCCGACAGUCGACGGCAAGCUUUCCAUACAGUGUUACCUCUCGGCACUGGACACUUGCUAUCGGCUGUAUCGCAAGAAAUUCGAGAAGCUGCACCCUGAGCAACAGCCACUGGGUCUGCAGAUCUUCGAUGCUAUCCUCUUCCACACGCCCUUCUGUAAAUUGGUGCAGAAGUCCGUGGGUCGUCUGUGUUUCAAUGACUUUUUGCUCAGCACCGAAGCGGAGCGCGUCCAAAAGUUUCCUGGCCUGGAGCGCUUCAACGAGGCCACACUGGAGGGCAGCUACUUCGACCGGGAUGUGGAGAAGGCGUUCCUGACUCAGUCGGCGGAGCUGUUCGCCGCAAAGACCAAGAAAUCCUUGCUGCUGGCCAACCAGGUGGGCAACAUGUACACGCCGAGCGUCUACUCAGGUCUGGUCUCGCUGCUGAUCAGCGAGCCGGCGGCUCAGUUAGUGGGCAAGCGCAUUGGCGUCUUCUCCUAUGGCUCCGGCCUGGCUGCCUCGAUGUACUCCAUUAAAGUGACUGAAGAUGCGGCCACAUUCGAGAAGUUUGUCUCGCAGCUGGAUUAUGUAUUGCCGCUGCUGAACUCCAGAGAGAAGGUGGCUCCGGAAAAGUUCUCCGAGUUGAUGGAGGUGAGGGAGAAGAAUAAUCACGCAGCGCCUUACACGCCAACGGGCAGCAUCAGUGCUCUAUUCCCGGGCACCUAUUACCUUAAGGAUGUGGAUGCACUGCAUCGGCGCAGCUAUGAGCGCACACCCAAUAACAAUCUAACGAAUGGAGUGCAUUAGCCACAGGAGCAGGAGCAGCAUCAGCAGCAGCAACUGAAGCCUAACUUGACAAUAAUCCUCAACUACUACUUCUAGCUGCUAUAUACUAACUAUAUACAUCUAAAUAAAUCGGUUGUACAUUUGGAUUUCUUUCAUUAAUAUUUAUCUAAUUAUUUCUCUUUCGGUGAAUACGGUCGUACCUAUCUAAUGCAAUAUUCAUAUUUAUAUUAGUUCUAUGGCCUGGCUUACAAUUUGUCACAAAGUCCGCUCUUAUUUAUAUCAUGCUCGAACUACUAUUCUAUUAUCUUUAUAUCGAUUUGCAUAACAAUGCUUAAAACACAAAAUGUACACUAA